AAUUCUCUCAUUUUGCAGCGGCUAGUCGCAUGGAUUAGACACGUUUUUGUAAUGGAGAUUUCGCAAUUUUUAACCAAAACUAUAUUUGUAAAAAUGAGUAUACACCAAAUUAUUUGAUGAUCAACUUAAUUACCGUGCGGAAAGUGUUUGAGUUGUGUUGAAGUGUGUUUGUGUUACGACAAAAGCAGAGGGUGAAGGCUGAACUAGGCUGUGUGACCGCAUCACAUCCCACCUUAGAUCUUCUAUUUUCCACAUCAGAAGAACAUUCUGAACUACUCAAGUUUUUUGUGGUUAUUAGGAACAAAUCAGCUUUGCUUCACUUAUCAUCAAAAUGAAAAAUAUGGCAGGAAGCACGGAUGAAAAGAAAGUGUAUAAACUGGUUCUAACAGGAGGUCCAUGUGGCGGUAAGACGACAGGUCAGGCGCGCAUGUGCACUUUCUUUGAAAAUCUUGGUUGGAAGGUGUUUCGAGUGCCUGAAACGGCCACUGUUCUCCUCAGUGGUGGAAUCAAAUUUUCAGACCUGACUGCAGAUGAAGCUAAGCGUCGAAAAAUCAAUGAGCACCAACCAGCAUUCAAAGAUGGUAUCCCGGAGCACAGUGUCGAUAAGACCGCGUCGUGUCCCCGUUGCUUGGCCGCAGCUGCGGAAAAGCCCAACGGUAGUGAGGCAUACAAGUUUCAGGAAAACCUUUUGCGCACAAUGAUUCAGAUCGAAAACACCUUUUUCGAGCUGGGAAAAUCAUGCACGCGGAACUGUUUGAUCAUCUGUGAUCGCGGUGUGAUGGAUGCCAGUGCGUUUGUCUCCAAAGAAAAGUGGGAACGAAUGAUGAAAACGAAUAACUGGAAUCCGGUGGAACUGCGCGAUAAUCGUUACAACCACAUCGUCCACAUGGUUUCAGCCGCCAACGGUGCAGAAGCGUUCUACUCCACCGAAGAUCAUGCCUGUCGCUCGGAAGGCGUUGAUUUGGCUCGAGAGUUAGACUACAAAUCAGCCGCCGCCUGGAUUGGACAUCCGUAUUUUGAUGUUAUUGAUAACUCGACUGAUUUUGAGUAUAAGAUGAACCGAAUGAUUGAAUGUGUAUGCCAGAAGCUAGGUAUUGAUACUGGCGAUCGUCUUUUGACUACUUCAAAGAAAGUCAAAUUUCUUGUUUCGGAGCUACCACAAGAUUCCAGCUUUCCAGCGUUCCAGGACUUUGAUGUAAUCCAUCAUUAUCUACAAUCUGCCGGUCCUCGGGUUCAAGCUAGGUUGCGGAAACGUGGUCAGAACGGUCACUUCAGCUACAUUCAUACAAUUCGUCGACCUCAUCUUCACGGUCAAUCGAUUGAGGUGAAAACACAACUUACUCACAGAGACUACUUAAACAUGCUCACGCAACGCGACGAUGCCCAUUUUACCAUCUACAAGAAACGUCGCUGCUUUUUGGUGAAUAAUCAAUAUUUCCAAAUGGACAUUUAUAAGGAACCAGGUCAUCCAAGAUGUAAGGGACUUAUUCUUCUGGAAACAUACACUUCGUUGAGUGGCGACAAAUUGAAGGACAUUCUGCCAAAAUUCCUCGACAUUGUAAAGGAGGUCACCGGUCAUCCAGAUUACUCCAUGUUCAACCUGUCUUUAAAGGAAGACUGGAGCAAUACGAAGAAGUUCUGUUACUCGCUUCAUGAUCAAGACGAAGGCGAGUUUAGAACGAAAGGCCGUUCCCAUAAAAUGAUCAAUGGCAAAGCGUAAAAUUUGUUGUGUUGCGUCAUCUUGUCAAGGCACGUCGGACGGUACUUUUUAAUUUAAUUUUUGAUUGUCUUUCAACUUUUGACCUAAUUAGAGGUGCAUUUUAUUACUUAUCUGGUGUGUUCACUGUAGAAAGAUUCGAUCUUCAAUUGUCCCUUAAAAAUUUAAAAAACGAACCUUACUUUUGAUAUUUCAUUCAUUAGCUCGCAAAAAUGUCCCGCGAGCUAUACAAAUGCCAAAUUUUUAUGUAUAUCAUAUUGCUGCAGUUUUCGGUAAAGUCAUUUAUAACGUUGGAUAAAAUGAGUUCAUAACUAUUCAAUCCAGUCUUAAAAUACAAAUUCAUUGCAACCAAGGGGCGAGCAAGUUUUUUUUUAUCGAUUCACAAUACUUAAACUACUAAAACUUAGUGCAAAGAUACUUAACAAUAAAAUAUUUUGUUUACUGAUUAAGAGCAAACAGCAGGGAAACAAUGUGUGAAUAAAGCUUUAAGGGAUAGUUUAGAAACGAACGCUAUUUUUCGAACGCGUGAAGUGAAACUGCAUGUAUUUUUAACUAGUCCAAUUUUAAAACAGUAAAUUUGUGACAAAGAUUGUUUAAUAUAAACACCAGCUUUUGUUUCUGAAAACUCGAAUAAAUACUAAAAACUAAUACAUAUUGCAAAUGCAUUGUUUUCUGUCAGUAGUUUCCUGUGUGAUUGACGAAGAAGCAGUUUAACAAAAUUAUUUGAAUUGAGACAGGCCAAUUACUUAAAUUUCAUAAUGCAAUAAAAAAAAUCGCGAUCUUGAGCGUGCAAUCAGCACAUAUGGUAAAAGAUUUUAAUAGAGUGGUGCUGUAGAUAAAGUUUUACAUCCUUUCAGUUUUACAAUGUCAGCAAUACACUGUUGAGAUCAAUGUGAUGUUUAGGCCGCAAUCCUACAAUAUUAAACCGAGAAACAACUUAGUUGAUGUUUUUGAACACCCAGCAAAACUAAAAUGUUUUAGCGAAUCGAUAAAUGUAGACCGACUUGAACCCAAACUGGUACAUAAAUAUUUCAAAAUCAGUUGGAACCACAAACAUCCUCAUUAUUAAUGUAUUUUAUAUUAAAAUAUGAUCCUAUUUCAAAAAAGUGUAUUUUGUGGUUUAAAAGCAUUGAUACAUAAAUACAAGACAUCAAAAGAG